AGCACUUCGAUUACCAGCCGCUUAAUCGUUGGUUGAUUUACUAAACGGAGAAUUUACAAAACUUAUUUGACUGUCCUCAAAAAUAAAAUUAUAAAAGGCGGUAGCUGUGUGGACUUUUGUUUAGAAGACAAUCAGAAGAUUUCCUAUUCUCGAUGUCUAAUCUUAUCACAUUUAAUUAACUUUUAGAUAAUGUUUAUAUGAUCAAGUCUUUCUGGCACUUAAACGAAUAUCUUUUUUUGUGUUGGUCUAGGAAUCAGUAGCUCUGUCUUAUUCUAAAGCAAACGCACCGCAUCUGGACACUGGCCUCUUUUUACUGGCUUGUAACUACAGCGUGCCAUUUAUUUUGAACCUCGCUCCGGUGGAAUAUUAACAUCAGCCACGAAUUCGGGGCUCAUUUGCCGAAGACGGACCCCCAGCCGCCGUCCCCAGGCGCACGGUACUCCGGCCCGACGCCCUCCUCCCUGCUAUUAUUCGGCAGCCUUUUAAAGGGAGGCGCAGCCUGAUUGGACGCGCCGGGGUCACGUGGUGCCCGGCCGCCUGGUCCCGUCGAUGUGAGCCGAGGCUGGCGGCGGUCUGGCGGCGCUCUGCUCCUGGUCGGCGCGCUGCUCUUAUAACCACAAAAGCCUCGACCGUUUUUAUUGAGGAGCAUUUUUUCCCUCCUGAUCAUGGGCGACAAGAAAAGCCCGACGAGGCCGAAAAGACAAGCCAAACCCUCGGCGGACGACGGCUUUUGGGACUGUAGCGUGUGCACCUUCAGGAACAGCGCCGAAGCGUUCAAGUGCAGCAUCUGCGAUGUGCGGAAGGGUACUUCCACCAGGAAACCUAGGAUCAACUCCCAACUGGUAGCACAGCAGGUGGCCCAGCAGUACGCCAGCCCCCCGCCACCCAAGAAGGAGAGGAGGGAGAGGGCCGAGAAGGAGCGGCCCGAGGUGGAGAGGGUGGAGCGUGUGCGUCCAGACGGCGAGCCGCCCUCCGAAAAGGAGGCCCUGGAGAAGGAAAAGGAGAAGCCGGACCAGGAGAAGGACGUCAGCCCCACAGUCACACGGAAGCCCAGCAGCAAGAAGACCAAACCCAAGUCAGAUAUUCAUCAAAGUCCCCGCAGUGAAGUGAACAGCAUCCAGUCUGGAAAUUCAACAGCCAAGAGCAACGGUUCCUCACACGUUUCAAGGCCCAAACUGAAGAACGUGGACCGGAGUACCGCCCAGCAGCUGGCCAUUACCGUGGGCAACGUCACUGUCAUCAUCACGGACUUUAAGGAGAAGACGCGCUCAUCCUCCACAUCGUCAUCCACGGUGACGUCCAGCGUGGUCUCGGAGCAACAGCACCAGAGCUCGGGCUCUGAGAGCAUGGACAAGAGCUCCUCUCGGGCCUCCACCCCCAAAGGACAUCUCACCGUGGGGCAUGACGAGUCCUUUUGAGUCCCCUACCUGCAGCUCCAUGGAGAAUAUCAGAUUCCAGAGGGGAGUGUGAAUUUUCAGGAUCUCCUGCCCCCACAUGCCCCCACCUUCUUUCCACGAUGUUGAGCUCCUGGGACAUGGUUGCACACAAAGCUGACAGGUGCUUUUUCAUGGGACUUGGGCUCCGGAUGCCAGUGUGAGGCCAGCAGGAAUCCGACCUUGUACGUAUUCCAUUGGUUUCUAUGUUUAAGUGGACAUUUGCUGAAUUGACGUUUUUAAGAAAUAUCUAUAUAUAAACACACAUAGAUAUUUGUAAAAUCUGAAGUUUCCACCAACAUUUUAACAAUAUUGAUGCAUCGUUAUUCCUAUUUAUUUGUCUGUGUACUUCUAAAAUCUCGAUUUUACUUCACUGAGACUUUUAAACGCGGCUUUGCUCAUGUUCUCCGUUGUAUAGUUGGAUGAUUUGUGAAAUCGUCCGAGCUCUCCGAACACCUCCAACACUGGUGCUACGUACACUGUGAAACCGUUUUGCUUCUGGGGCUUCGCCUGGAUACGUGCUAUCCUCGUCUUAUCACCGCUUGGAGCACAGAGGCUUCCUGCCGAGGCCGGAUUAUGCUGCAAUCGUACGGAGAGACUGAAGUGAGGGCCCUUUCUCUAUGGGCGCCGCCUCAACGUCGUCCUGGUUUUUAAUGUGUGUUGGAGCUUUGGCAAACAAAACCUAACGAUUUCUGUGACGCAAAAUGUGGCUUAUAGAUUAAUUGUGCUCCUUAGUGCAUCAAAGAACAACACUAUAUAAAGGUUUUUUUAUUUCAUUUUAUUUUUUCUCUUGACCUGCAUUUUGAUUUUUAUUUAAGAGUAAGCAGGAUUCACUGAGCUUUUGGAUAAGAUGGGAAGUUGGGUGGAUUUGAACCUUCUGUUGAGAUGGUCUUUAAAAUAACCUGAGUGUAUAAUGCAGGCAGUGGAUUUCUGGAGGAUUAAAUGAUCAGUAAAAUUAGCAGGGGUGCCCAAACUUCAUCAGGCUGGAAUACAAACCAGCAUGUACUAUCGCCUAAUUACCUUCCAUCAACUGUUGCAUGAAUCAUAGGACUCAACUUUCCAUGAAUAUUCAUUAUACACGUUCCGUAGUUUGAAUGAAAUGGUUUAAAUAAUUACAGGUUACCGUUCACCAGUUCACAGUGGGUUAACCUGGCACUCACUCACGCUUCCACUGUAAUUCCAAAUGAUAAUUUUUGUCACUACUUAUCAUUACAGCUGUUUCUCCACUAACAUCCAUUCAGUAGGAUGUGACCCAAAAGCAACCGAGUCACGUUAUCAGUGACUACCAGUGAAAACAAAUCAGCUGCUUAAUCACUGCAGUCUAGGCAGGAACCGAAACCAGGAUACAUUCGGAUUGAAGGAAUUGAGGCUGCCCCAGAGAUGUUAUAGCUGUACAGAAAUCAAUAUGCAAAUUGGUCGUUCUUUUAGUGGUGCUAUGGAUUUAUGGAUAAAGGAUGUUAGUAGGUGAUUGAGAAUUUAGCUUUGUAAUAAUGAAAUGCGUUUAAGACUCCAGUACAUUAGUAAAGGAAAAUUAUAUAAAAAUAGUAAUUGAAAACUACAAUAAUUGUACCAAUAAUAUUGUUAAGGUGCUAUUUUUGGUACUCAUUCUUCAUUCUACUAAAACCAUUUGAUAGACUAUAAAAGUAAAUGAGAUCAAUAAAAUUAUUGACUUCAGCCCCCCCCCCCCCCCAUCACUGUCCAUAGGAAAUAAGACUUAUGUGUAUUUCAAUAUCCUGUGGAAAAGUAAUGGAAAGUCAGCACAUUCCCCUUAAUAUGGAACUUGUAAAAAGAAUAAACAUGUAUGUGAAAUCUUAGUUUUAUUUAUUGAUGGACCAAAGGAAUUUGAUACUAACACACUAAAUAGAAAUUUGAAAUGUUAUCAAAUGUGUGAUGUAUAAAAAAUAGACUAAUAUAAUUCAUGUAAAUUAUGUCAUUUUUGCUCAGUCCGAGACAUUUGGACUGUUUGGACAGCCUACAUCUUCCAUAUAAAAUGUCACAACGUUUCUGUCGACGGCCGACGUUUUGCACUUUUGUGGCACGUCUGUGCAGAGAGCCGUCCAGUCAUGGUGUCGGAGGCUCACCUUGAAGGGUCCUAAUGCGAGUGCUGCCCUCAGCGUUGCCCGAUAAAAAUAGGUCUUAAAAGCAGUUCCAGGAGGACCACAGUGUCCUCCUUUUUCCCUCCAGAUGCUUCUCCCUUCGACUAGCUUAUUUAGCCCAGCAAUCAGUGAAUUUUAUUUAUUUUUUAUGUAAUUUUUUUGGAAGGUUGUUUAUUUAACUAUUGCUACUGUUAUAAACAACCUGCAUGAGAAUUAUUUUUAUUUUAUUUUUUUGAAAAAAGAGAAAGCCGCCUUUUAUCCUACAUCAAGCCUCCAUCCAUUCAAGCCUAUCGAACAAUGAGAUGUACUGGUAACUAGGCAAGGUGUUUACAUGAAUGGUACCGGCUGUACUUGCAUUCAUUUUAAUGCCAUUUUCGAUAUCCAUGUCUUUUGAUUUGCACAAAGGAAGCAAAGCUGUUGUUAUGGGAAUUAUUUCAUCAUGUUGUCUUUAGGAAAAGUAACUCCUGUUCUGGGCGUUGCUUUAUACCACCUGUACACAUCCCCGCCCCCUUUAUAGUGCACUGCGAAGCGUUACAGUCAUAAGAUGUAUUGCUGUUUUCUCUUGCCUGUCCCACUCUCAUGCAGACUCCGUUAACUUUUGUAAAGCUCUCGAUUUCUUAAAUUAUUGGAAAUGAUUUACUUGCUGGAUAUAUUAAAAAUGAAAAAGGGAAAAAAAAAAAGUUUGCUUGUAUGUAACUUGAAAUGGUACAGCAGCCAACAGCAGAAUGGACAAUGGAGCUGAACAUUUAUUAUAAUUAUAAUUAUUUUAAAAAAACGCAAGCAUUUCUGUUCUUGUGUAUGACCAGUAACCUUAUUUUACUGUGUAAAGAUGGUUACAUUUUUCUUUUAGCUUUGUUUUGUCUCAAACCCAAAUAUGCUUGUUUCAAUAUUGUAUAACAACCUUGUGAUAAUUUUCAAUUGUAUACGUGUUACACAUGCUCUUUUUUAUUUCUUCUAACAGUGUCUUGUACAAUGUUUUUGAAGUUUUUGAUCUAUAAAGUUAUUUUAGGUCUUUUUUUAAGUAUAUCUGCAUUUUAUUUUACUUUUGCUUUCGCUUACCCCCCCCCCCCCCCCCCAUCCUUUCUUACUACUUGCUGAAAUAUCAAUGGUGAUUUUGUGAAAUGGUCAGAUUUAAUUUUCUUGUGCUAAAUGUAUUUGGGUAAAUUUAAAAAAAACAAAAACAGGUCACUGCUCCUUGUCUCGCUGAUACGAUGUUUAUAUAUAAAUAAUAUAUAAAUAUAUAUGUUAUCUGGCAUGUGCACGACGUCGUUGGUAGAAGCCACUUUAUAAUUUCCUCCGCUUCAAAUAGAAAUGUCUAUUUAUUAAUUAUGCUUGUAGUUUUUCACAAAUAAAAUGGUUACAUUUAUUUAAUUCA